GAGAGAGAGAGAGAGAGAGAGAGAGACUCAAGGUCCCUCAGCUCACAUCAGUCAGUGUGUAUUGAACUCUCAGCAGAGGGAAUGCACUUAUCACUGCAGAUUUAAAGCCCGGCUCUCAGUUCAGGGAAACAGGAUGCUGCCGGUGUUGUGGACGCCUGUGCUCAACUUUACUCAUCUUUCUUUCUUGCUUUUCACAUCGCGCUCCUGAAGUCGGGAAAACGUAUUAAUGGCUGAUUUCUUCUGAGCCAUGCAUUUUGUUUUUCUGUAGUUUACCGUGUAAAAGCGUCAUGUGUGUUCCAGUGUGCUGUGGAUAGACAAUGCGCUCUUCAGGAUGGGAGCGAACAACGGCAAACAGUGCGGAAGUGAAGGUAAAGGAAGCUCCAGCAUUUCCUCCGACGUGAGCUCCGGCACCGAUCAUACACCCACUAAAGCUCCCAGGAAUGUAACUGCCAGUGAAGACUCAGACCUGAGCAUGAGGACACAUAGCACCCCGAGUCCUGCUCUCAUCCUGAACUUGAGUCCUUCUCAUCUUUCUCCUCAAACUCUCCCCAAUGGCCAGGAGUCUCCCGCCUCAUCCCCAUCUCCAUCACCAUCCCCCACCAUUCCUAGAGAAACUGUUGCUAUAGUCCAUGCUCCUCCAGGAAACAGCAAAAAAGUUUCCAAAUCUCACUCCAUUGCACUCACUGAAUUUCUUCCAGACCCCGUUUUGUUGCAGAUCUUCGCUCACCUGUCUACACCACAGCUUUGUCGCUGUGCCCGAGUAUGCCGCCGCUGGUACAGCCUGGCCUGGGACCCGCGUCUUUGGAGAACAAUCCGACUGAGCGGAGAGCUACUCCAUGCCGACAGAGCCCUGAAAGUCCUCACUCAGCGCCUGUGCCAGGACACCCCCAAUGUCUGUCUCACACUGGAGAUGGUGGUAGCAAGCGGAUGCCCCAGGCUGUCUGACCGUGGCCUGCGUGUGCUAGCUCACUGCUGUCCUGAGUUACGGCACCUUGAAGUGGCAGGCUGUUAUAACAUUUCUAACGAGGCGGUCUUUGACGUCGUUUCCCGGUGUCCUAACCUUGAGCACCUGGAUGUCUCUGGCUGCCCUAAAGUGACAUGUAUAAGCCUGACUCAGGAGACUUCACUGCCUCUCUCUCCGCUCCACGGACAGCAGAUCGGCCUGCGCUAUCUGGACAUGACGGACUGCACAUCUCUGGAGGAUGAAGGCCUACGUGCCAUCGCUCUUCACUGCCCGCUCCUCACCCAUCUCUAUCUGCGCCGCUGCACCCGGCUGACAGAUGAAGCGUUGCGCCAGCUGACUCUUCACUGCCCUGCACUGCGCCAGCUGAGCCUGAGUGACUGCCAUUUACUGGGUGACUUCGGCUUGCGCGAGGUGGCCCGCAUGGAGGGUCAGCUCCGCCAUCUGAGCGUGGCGCACUGCAGCCGCAUCACUGACGUAGGCCUGCGUUAUGUGGCACGCUACUGUCCACGUCUACGCUACCUGAAUGCUCGGGGCUGUGAAGGCAUCACGGAUCAGGGCCUGAGCCAUCUUGCUCGUGGCUGUCCCAAGCUGCGGGCGCUGGACGUGGGCCGAUGCCCGUUGGUGUCAGACAUGGGACUUGAAGUAUUGGCACGUUGUUGCGCUGGGCUCAGACGGCUCAGUCUAAAAGGAUGUGAGAGCAUAACUGGCAGAGGGUUGAAGGCAUUAGCUACAGGAUGUCCUGAACUGCAAAUGCUUAAUGUACAGGAGUGUGAGGUGCCCGCAGAGGUGCUGCGGCUGAUACGACGCCACCGCAGACGCUGUGUGAUUGAACACACCAACCCGGCUUUUUACUGAGCUCACUGGCGUCUUCUGACAAGCGGUUUAUUUACCGCAGCUUUAUGGUUUAUUGAUCUCGAGCGUGUGUGAGGCUUAAGAUGACAAGGUGUGCAAUAUGUCUGUCAAAAAAUUUACCUUGCCACUACAUGAUGCGUGUAAUAGUAUUUAUCAGAAUAAAAAGGUUACUGGUAUUCUAUCUAAUGUUUAUUAUAUCUGUCUGGUUUUGAAAGAUGAUACGUCUCCAAAAGCUUUAAUUCAAGUGAUAAAUCUGGAACAUGCCGGGUCUGUGGCAUUACCACUAUCCAAAGGUACUUUGCUUUAUUUUAAUCUAAAACUUUUUAAAUGUUUUGUUUGUUUAAAAUAAUACAGUUUUGUGUGGAUAUUUGCACUUUAAAAUUCCUAUAUGAUUAUAGCAUUGCAUUAAGAAGAAACAUCUUCUUAUUGUAUUUUGUUGACAGGCCCAUACACUUUUCUGUAUUUUUGUUUUUCCACUUAGUGUUGAAGUAAACAAAAAAUGUAACACAUUUCUGCAUGACCAUUUUCGAACAUCUUUUGUCCUUUAGUACCAAAUGGGCUGUAGGUAUUGUGCCUUUAAGACCAAUAUAUGUGCCUUCUGUACUGAUUGUCUGACCUCUUCAUGCCCCUUGCCUGUGACAUGUAAAAUCGUACGGAAAUCUCCAGAAAAUUCAAAACAACCAUAUAAUAAAGUGGCAGUUUUAGCCAUCUUUAGAAUCGUCACCUAUUACAAAGCUGUAAAAAUAUAGAGCUAAUUAGAUAAACAGGCAAAUAGUUACAAUCUGUGAAUAUUAACUUUAAAUUAGAAUUAGAUAUCAGUAGCCCAGAUUACACUGCCUCCUAUUUAAAACAGUUAUAAACCCACUCAGGCCUACGAAAGUCAGGAAGUUUCAGCUAAUUGAUGAAAUGCUGCAAUGAAAUAAAGUACUGUUUCAUCCAUAAUGCAAGUAACAUUUCAAAUCAUAGUGCCUUGAUCAAAAAGCAAUCCUUAUUAAUAUAGUCUCAUAAACUCAUAUAAAUUCCUCCAAACAAAAAUGCCAGUCAUUUCUCAUUUCCAGGUCCUUUAGAAGGUUAGGUUAAAAGAAAUAUUUUUAGCAACAUUUAGCUGUGUUCACCAGCAUCCUCUGCAUGCAUCAGUACCUCUGUUAUAUAUUUGCAUAUGUAAAUGUCUUCAUGGUAGUGAUGUCACUUGCUGAAACAGGCUGUAUUUUAGUUUCUAUAUAUUAUAUAUCAAUGUUUACAUGGUACAAUGAACUGAAAAAAGCAUGUAACAUCCAGUUUUCUAUAGUGUGUGUCUUUUACAUGACCCCAAUAAUUAUGGCAAUAGAUGAGCUUGGCUAUAAUCAGUGUUGUAGAGGUGUUGGUUGACAGAAAUGAUCAAUGACAACAAAAUAUUGCUGCUACAAAUAAAGGGCUAC